AUGUCGGUUGUGGUCGUGCACGAAGAUUCCGAUUUCAACAGAAAGUUUUCUGCUGCGAACGGGAAGGCCGUGUUUGUCGACUUUACCGCUUCCUGGUUUGCUAUUCUGUCGUUUUGAUCUUUAACGUGCAGUAUUUUAGGUGUGGACCCUGCCAGUACAUCGCACCGGUUUUUAAUGAUCUUGCAAAUCAGUACAAAGGUUCCGUAUUUCUGAAGGUUGAUGUAGACGAAUGCCGUGCGACUGCUGCCAAAUUCGAAGUCAACGCCAUGCCGACUUUCAUUGCAUUCGUUGGUGGACAAAAGAAAGCGACAAUCCAAGGGGCUGAUGAAAGUGGAUUACGGUCAAUGGUCGCAAAAUAUGCAUCGACAAGUGCUGCUUGGUCAGGAACCGGACAAGUUCGAUUUACAUUUUUAAAUAAUUAAAACAGUACAAUUUUAAGAGGCUCUCUUCUUCCACCGGGGCGACUUCUUCAGCUGCGAACGCAGGUCAGCGGCCAUCGUCUUCAAACGUCGCUCCCGGACCGGAUCCAUUGGGAGCAGUCAAUGAACUUCUCGAAUCUCUUAAUGGACGUCUUCGAGGAAUCGGCUUGACUGAUAUCAACGCUGGCGGCAUCACUGUGCAGCCAUCUCACUUGCUGAUCGCACUCGUCCUUCUCUUCUUCAUGGGACCGUUCGGUCUCGUUAUCGGCGGCGCCAUCUGCUUCUUUACACAACCGCGUGGAGCCGGUGGAGCAAGACAGCAGCCUUCGCAAGGAACCGGUGCGACUGGUCAAUCGGGUCGGCAACAACCAUCGUCUUCUGGAACACGAGCAUUCGGAGGAGCUGGCCACCGUCUCGGAGGAAGUUAA